CCCAGAGCUGCGAUCCGCGCGCCCCGCUCCGCCGCCGCCCUGGACCGGGCCGCCAUGUCGCUGUGGAAGAGAACCAUCUACAAGAGUGUGUGCCUGUCGCUGGCCCUACUCGUGGCUGUAACAGUAUUCCAGCGCAGUCUGACCCCCAGCCAGUUUCUGCAGGAGCCCCUGCUACCCACCUUCGGGUUACAGAAGGCCCAGAAACUGAGCGGACACCUGGUGAACCCUGACAGCUUCUGGAAGAACCCAAAGGAUGCGGUCACCCUCACACCCAUGGUUUCACGGGGGCCCCAGGCCUGGGAUGUGACCACCACUAACUGCUCAGCCAAUGUAAACUUGACCCACCAGCCCUGGUUCCAGGGCCUGGAGCCACACUUCCAGCAGUUUCUGUUCUAUCGCCACUGCCGAUACUUCCCCAUGCUGCUGAACCAUCCAGAGAAGUGCAGCGGCGACGUCUAUCUGCUGGUGGUGGUCAAGUCCGUCAUCACACAGCACGACCGCCGCGAGGCCAUCCGCCAGACCUGGGGCCGCGAGCAGGAGUCGGCGGGCCAGGGCCGCGGCGCCGUGCACACCCUCUUCCUGCUGGGUACAGCCUCCAAGCAGGAGGAGCAGGCCCACUACCAGCGGCUGCUGGCCUACGAGGACCGCAUCUACGGGGACAUCCUGCAGUGGGACUUUCUUGACAGCUUCUUCAACCUGACCCUCAAGGAGAUCCACUUCCUCAAGUGGCUUGACAUCUACUGCCCCAACGUCCACUUCAUCUUCAAGGGCGACGAUGACGUCUUUGUCAACCCCACCAACCUGCUGGAAUUUCUGGCUGACCGGCGGCCCCAGGAAGACCUGUUUGUGGGUGACGUCCUGCAGCACGCUCGGCCCAUCCGCAGAAAGGAUAACAAAUACUACAUUCCCGGGGCCCUGUACAGCCAGGCCAGCUACCCACCGUACGCAGGCGGAGGGGGCUUCCUUAUGGCGGGGGGCCUGGCCCGGCGCCUGCACCAUGCUUGCGACACCCUGGAGCUUUACCCCAUCGACGACGUCUUCCUGGGCAUGUGCCUGGAGGUGCUGGGCGUGCGGCCCACGGCCCACGAGGGCUUCAAGACGUUCGGCAUCUCGCGGAACCGCAACAGCCGCAUGAACAAGGAGCCCUGCUUCUUCCGCUCCAUGCUCGUCGUGCACAAGCUGCUGCCCGCUGAGCUGCUUGCCAUGUGGGGUCUGGUGCACGGCAACCUUACCUGCUCCCGCAAGCUCCAGGUGCUCUGACACCGGGCGGGCCGCCAGGGUAGACUAGGGCGUGUGCCCUCGAGCCCCGGAAGGCAUGAGGCUGCAAGUGCGAGGCCAGGGCACAGCCUUCGGUCCCCGCAGGGAGGCAGAAGGGUGGGCCUUACGUGUCCCCAGGUGUGGUGGGGUGCAGGUAGCCGGAGCUGAGGCCCGGGAACGUUUGCAACUGCCCAGACUGGAGACGGGUCUCUGGGGAGCGAGGCCACUGGCCCCUGGCAGCCCUCCUAACCUGGGUCUGUGGCCUGGCUCCCUCUGACCCGGUGGGAGGCCCCAGUGGCCUCUGAAGGAACCCUGUGCUCAGGUACCUGGGCUAGACCUGCCCCUGGAUGGGUCUGCGGCUGCCCUCUCACCUUCACGGAGAAGAUUCUCCUCCUGUGAAAUGCCUCAGUCUCCCCACGGGCCCAAGCAGCCCUUUCAGGAGAAGCUCAGCCCUGUGCAGGCACACAGGCCCUCUCACGCCCCUGGGUCUCCUGGAGACUGAGCCUCAGAAGGCCCUCAGCACACCCCCGCCCCCUGACCUACCUGGGCUUUGGCUGCCCAGUCUACUCCCAGUUGGCUUCACUCCUAGCUGCGUCCUGUGAUGCUCCAUCCGGCUCCCAUCUGUCUGGAAGCAUGACCGGCCACUCUGACUACCUCAGCGAUCCUCAGAACCUCUGGAUGGGCUGCAGCCCCACCUCACCCCCUGACGCAGGGCCAAGGAGCAGUGCUCCGGCCCCGGCAGUCAAGGUGCUGCCCAACCAGCCCAAGCCGAGGGCCCUCCUGCAGCCCCGUGAGGCCUGGCUCCCCAGCCGGAAACCAGCCGGUUCGACCCUGGAAGUGGACAUUCCUUUAUUAAUGUGAAGUUUUAUUUAUGAAGAAUUUGGAAGGAGAAGGUGCCAGGCCUCGGGAGAAGGUGGUGUUCGUCCCUCCGCUUCCCUCGUUUCAGCAAGACACGACCUGCCUCGGCCACUUUUCCACCCACAGCCACAACCCCGCCCCGGCACCCCCAUGCCCGUCCCAGCCCCGCACCAGAACCCUGCCCGGCCUGCACGCCUACUUCUGCAGGGCCUAAGCAGACCAGCAUUUGCCCCUGUGAAGGGAUGGCGUGGCCCUCGUGGGCCGCCCCACUCAGGUUCAGGGGUCCUUGGGGCUAGCUGCAGAAGGAUGCCACCUCGUAUCAGGGUCGAGUCACCUGGGAAAAGAUUGAGGGGUCGACUCUAUUUUCUCAAUAAAAGGGGACUGAUUUUC